AGCCCGAGGUCGGCUUCGUGAAAGAGGCUUCUCGCCAGAUCCUGGCCGGUGGUUCCGCUGUGUGAAAAAAGACUUGCUACUUUACGAUGGAAACUCCAGGUGACUUCUAUAUAUCCCAGGUCUGGUAGAAAUUUGCCUGAUGCACCCCCUCGAUGUGGUGAAAACCAGGUUCCAGAUUCAGAGAUGUGCAACUGAUCCAAACAGUUAUAAAAGCUUGGGAGACAGUUUUCGAACAAUUUUCCGAAUAGAAGGGCUGUUCGGUUUUUACAAGGGAAUUCUGCCACCCAUCUUGGCUGAAACACCAAAAAGAGCAGUGAAGUUUUUCACCUUCGAGCAGUACAAGAAAUUGCUAGGAUAUGUGUCACUGUCACCAGCAUUGACAUUCGCCAUUGCUGGAUUAGGAUCUGGACUAACAGAAGCUAUCGUGGUUAACCCUUUUGAGGUAGUAAAGGUUGGCUUGCAAGCGAAUCGGAACAAAUUUACAGAGCAACCAUCCACUAUGAGUUAUGCAAGACACAUCAUUAAGAAGGAAGGCUUGGGACUCCAGGGCCUCAACAAAGGAUUUACAGCAACUUUGGGACGUCAUGGGGUUUUCAACAUGGUUUAUUUUGGCUUCUACUACAAUGUCAAAAACAUUGUUCCUGUCAAUAAGGAUCCAACCUUGGAGUUUUUGAGAAAAUUUGGGAUUGGUCUUCUCUCGGGCACAAUAGCCUCAGUCAUUAACAUCCCUUUUGAUGUUGCCAAAAGUAGGAUUCAAGGGCCUCAGCCAGUUCCUGGAGAGAUCAAGUACAGAACCUGUUUUAAAACAAUGGCAACAGUCUACCAGGAAGAAGGGAUUUUAGCUUUGUACAAAGGCCUGCUUCCCAAGAUUAUGAGGCUUGGACCAGGUGGUGCAGUGAUGCUGCUGGUUUAUGAAUACACCUAUUCAUGGCUUCAAGAGAACUGGUGAUUACCUAUGAAGUGUUGAAAUAAUGGAUAUUUGCUAUACAGCACUGAGCUGAUAAUUGUAGAAUUAUAAUUUACAAUCUUAUGUACAAUUAAGGGGAAACAGUUUAUUCAUGAACUCUAGAUUCAUGAAAAUCUAUUUCAAUACUCCAAAAAUUAUCUCUAGACAAUUGGAGACAGUUUUGGCCACAUCCAUAAAUCUGUGAGAAGAAAGAUAAUAUGAAGUAAUGAGGUGUGUUAAUCGAGCAUAGAAAUCAGAUAUAGUUCAUAAAAGCAAUAUAAAUUUCAUGACCUGUAUUCCUCUCACACUGAUUCACAAUGGAAAUUCCUUGUAUUCAUAAUUACUUUUUUCCCCAAGAGAUCAAGAAGUGCUUAAAGUCAUAAAAAAAAUUAAGCCAAAAUUUGAACAGUUCUUUUAAGGAAUUCUUCCAUAAAUAACUAAAAGGUACAAGAAAAGAUUUUUAAAGUACACUAAAAUGGCAUUUUAAAAAUAUUGAAUUUUAUGUUAAAAUUUAAAUCCAUUGGUUUUCUUUAGAGUAAUAAUCUACAUCACACCUCUACUUUCCCAAAGCUACUGGCACUGUUUUUUUAAAUCAUGAUAUGUGAAGUCUUUUAGGACAAAUAGAAAACAUGAAAUUAUGUUGAACUACUUUCCUUCACAUAAUUCCCUUUGAAAACAAUUUUUGUUGCUGAAAUAGUUUCAUGUUAAAUAAUUUGGAACCACUCCUUGGGCCCAUUUGUGCCGUGUUUGCAUCCAAUUAUCUUUUUUCAGAACUCUUACCUAUACCAUUCUUAAAAAGACUGUUUAAAGUACAUUUCCAAAUUAUUAAAGUGACAGCUUCUGGUAUGAAGUCAUCUAUCUGCAGUGUUAAAAUGUGUAUUAUGAAGGGAAAAAUGUUUCAAAAAAGAAGUACGUUCUUGGCAUUUCCAAAGAUUCCUGUACUAACAUGCACUCCAAAAAAAUAUCUCCUUGGCACCGACAGAACCAAACUGGAUUUUUUAGUUGCCUCCUGAAAUGAUGCUACCUCAGUAGCUGACGUCAACAAAAAUAUCUGCACGUUCUAGACGAUACCUAUUCUUAACUACUACUAAAGAUUAUUUCUACCAUAAGGCUAGGUCACUGAAGCAUUUUGAAAAUAAAAAAUAAAAGAUAACAUGGUAAUUAUUACUUUUUAUUAAUUUAGAGCAUUUGAAGUAUAAAAAUAAAGGCUUUUUGACAUACUGUAUAUACAUACACAGCCUUCGGUUGUACAUCCUUUCCAACGUGUUUUUUAAUUUAUAUUUCAGCCCAAUAUUCAAUAAGAGGGUCAUUAAAAGUAGAAAGAAAAAAAAAAAACAAGAUGCGUCUGUCGUACAACUGCAUCCUAUCCUUUGCAGGUAAUGCUAUUGCGGCCUGUGAAGGAGAGUACUGCCUGCAUGGAGGCCAUGAAAUUGAACCUUUAACCUCUCCCUGUGAAUGGGAUGGGAAAGGACCUCUGAAGAGUGCAUUUGCCAGUUUAAAAACAACACUUUUACCCCCUAAGAAACAAAGGAAAUAUGUCAACAUUACCCAAUAAUAACGUCUAAAAAUUAA